CUCGCAACGAUCAAAGCUAGUUUAAAUAUAACACAUAGCACUCAUUGCCCUGCCCGGCUCGUCCACAAGAGCUCGUUUCGCAUUCGCAGUCUUUCAUAAGCUGAUUAUAAACUCAAUCACAUCUAGAUAGACUGUUUGAAGGCCCAGAAUAGAUUGCACAUGCUCACGUAGCUUGAGCACGGGAUUCAAGGGAGAUUUGACCGCAUAGGCGGGACAGUCGCUCGACAGCGUGUACCCUGUCCCGCUGUGCAUAGCGCUGGAGCAUGACGGAUUACCUAAAGGACUUCAUUGACAGGGCUGCAGAUGUGCCCCUGCAGCUGCGUCGGCGCCUUGCCCUCAUCCGUGACCUAGACGAGAAGGCACAGGCGCUGCAUCGUGAAAUAGAUGAGCACUGCAAGCGCACGCUGGCGGAGAAAUCGCAGCAGCACGCAGCUAAGAAACAGAAGCAGGCUGCGGGGGAGGACGCUGGCGGGUCAGCAGCGGCGCCGUACGACGUGGAGUCGGCUCUGAAGCGGCUCAUAGGUCUCGGGGACGAGAAGGUCAACAUUGCUAACCAGAUUUACGACUUCAUGGACAACCACAUCAACCAGCUAGACACGGACUUGCAGCAGCUGGACGGGGAGAUUGAGGCGGACCGCAAGGAGCUAGGGCUGGAGGGUGACGAGACGGCCUGCGAAAAGCUGGGCAUAGAGGCGCCGCAGGGGUCACGGCCGCACACGGUCGGGAAAGGGGCAGCGGACCAGAAGAAGAAGCGCGGGCGGAAGAAGGACGAGUCGACGGCAGCUGCAGCCGGUGGGCUGCCGCCCAUCGAGAACGAGCCGGCGUACUGCAUCUGCAACAAGCCGUCGGCGGGGCAGAUGGUGGGCUGCGACAACCCCGAGUGCACCAUCGAGUGGUUCCACUUCGAGUGCGUGGGGCUGACGGAGGAGCCCAAGGGCAAGUGGUACUGCCCCGUGUGCCGCGGGGACCUGCAGGUCAAGUCGGGCAAGAAGAGCGGGCGGCGGUGAGCGUGGUGCGGCGGCCGCGGCUGCUGCUGGUGUAUGGAUGGAGUGGCAGGGCCGAGUGCUCGUACGCACUGCUGCUGCCCGCUGGUGCUGCUGCCUGCUGGUGCUGCUGGCGGUCCGCAAAGGGACUGCAGCUGGCUGUGCGGCGUGCGGCACUCGGCAGCGGAGUCCGGCGCGCCAAGCUCGGACAAGCUUUGGAAGUACAUGUAGACAGUGUACUCGAUGGGCGCAUGCGGCCUGCUUGUGCCGUUUGACUCCAGUCUGGUCAGCAUGUGGCGUGGAGCGGUUGCGGCAGUGAUACAUAGCUUCGCAAUCAACUAACAAGGUAGUCAGCACGAGGCAAACGACGUUGAUCAAGAGGAGAACGUUGCAAGGCUGGUGAUAAGAGGAAUGCAUGCACGGAGGCAAGGAUAAUGCGGAUGUACGUUUAUUUGAGACAAUGCGGCGUCGGCAAAACUAUUCACGGAUGGCCCGGUCUUGGACUGCGCCCCGGGCCAUGAUGAGCGCCAGAUAAAUACAUGACUGGUAUGAUACUGGCAUGACUGAUGACGCGCACUGCGGCCACUGCAUCUGUAACAGAACAGGAUC